GGUUACGCAUGUUUCAAGAUCAUCAUCCACAGGUUGCGUAAAUAAUUUGAAAGGCGUGGAAUGGUCCUACGCAUACGCGCGCCUAUCCUACAACUUGCGUCGCGGCGUUUCUCGAGAACGUCGCGUCUAAAUAGUUUAGGCGCGUAUUAAAGAAACGGGGAUCAAUUCGGAAUUUUUUAUUCGAGAUGCUGUUUCAUUGCAACAUUGACUUGGAGUGAAAAUUAUACCUACGUGCAAAUUGUGUGACUAUGUGCAAGAAUUGAUAAAGAUUGUGAGGGGUAAUUAAACAGAAUGACAGAUGACACUGAUGAUUUGAAAGAAGGAGUGCAUUCAAUUAAAACUACAAGUUCUAAUGGGUUCCUUCGUGCCAUUCCAAAGCAAGACCAAUUUAAUUCCAAAGUACCGAACGAAGAAUUUGUACCGAAUAUUAAAUGGCCAGACUUGAUAGCUCAGUUGUUUAUUCACGGUGGCUGCAUUUAUGGAGUGGUUCUUAUGUUUAGUUCAGCAAAGCUACUUACUAGUUUAUUUGUAUUUGUUACAAUUUACACCUCCGGAUUUGGAAUCACCGCAGGUGUUCAUAGGUUAUGGUCACACAAGGCAUACAAAGCAAAAUGGCCACUUAGGUUAAUCCUAGUCUUCCUUUUUACUAUUACCGGACAAAAACACAUUUAUGCGUGGGCGCUAGAUCAUCGUGUCCAUCAUAAGUAUAGCGAAACAACAUCAGACCCGCAUAAUGCCAAAAGAGGAUUCUUUUUCUCUCACGUUGGUUGGCUGGUGCUAACUCCACACCCACAUGUUGUAAAAAAACGAAAAAUAAUAGACAUGAGUGAUCUUGAGGCGGAUCCAAUUGUAAUGUGGCAGAAAAGGUAUUAUCCGAUAUUAUUUCUGUUACUAACAGUUGGCCUUCCCGUAGCAAUUCCGGUGUAUUUUUGGGAAGAGACAAUAUGGAAUUCCUUUUGGAUUUGUUUUAAUACAAGAUUUUGUAUAACAUUAAAUAUAGCAUUUUGUGUAAAUAGUCUAGCACAUAUGUGGGGGUAUAAACCCUAUGACAAGGACAUCAAUCCAGUGGAGAAUAUGAUUGUGUCCAUUGCUGCGUUAGGUGAAGGUUGGCAUAACUACCACCACGUGUUCCCUUGGGAUUAUAAAACUGGCGAAUUUGGAAGUCGACUUAACUUAUCUACGCAAUUUAUCGAUUUUUUUGCCAAAUUAGGAUGGGCUUACGAUUUGAAGUACGCGUCUCCCGAAAUGAUAUCCAGAAGAGCAAGGAAAUCAGGAGACGGCACUCAUAUAGAAACGCAUCUUUGGGGUUACGGAGAUGAAGAUAUUGAAAUUGAAGACAAAAAAGAAUUAGAAAACAUUGUUUCAGGUACCAGUACUUAGGUAAUUCCUAGAAAUUUACUCUGAGACAGGAAAAAUUAUUAUUAUUAUUUUAAUAGCUUGUGAUGUUAAUAGUACAAUAGAGAAUGUUGUUCCACAUGAUACAUUUAAAAUGUAUUUUGUUUUUAUAUAGAGUAUAUUAUCGUAAAAACAUUUAAGUCCUAAUAUAACUGAAACUAAUAUAGAACAGGCAUUCGAAAUGUCCUAAUGAUCUUUCAGGGUGCGAAAUCCGAAUCAGGUUUCUUUACAAAAUUUCAUGAUGCAAUUAAAACAUGAAACAAACUCAUUUUUAAAUGCCAGUUUGCGGAAACUAUCAAGUUUUGAUCUCCACAUUUAAAUUGAAAAUCUAUAAAGUUUCGUACAAGUGUUACUGAAAAGUAAUCUAAGUACAUAUUUCAACUGACUCCAUAGAAAAAUAAAUCCCACUCUUUCCUCUUCAAAACAUUAUUUAUUACACUUAUAUAGAUUGUAUAUAGUUGUUCUUACGAAAUAAAUUGUAAGAUCAAAACAUGCUCAUACACAGGUAGAUACAUUUUUGCAUGAUGACUAAGAGGGAAAUGCUGGAGCAGUCUUUUACGCUCAGCAUUUAUAGCUUCAUUCCUAAUUACUUCAUUACAUUCCCAUUCUCUGGCUACAGAGACCCUGGAAAUUUUUUAGCAGCCUCUCGUUCCAAAGCCCUGAUGAUCAAGGGCGUCUGUGGAUUAUGAAAAUAGUUUUCUUUUAAUACCAAAAAUUGUAUAACAGUAAUGAGACAGCCAUAAUAUUGUUUUGGGAUGGAAAAGUAGGAGAUAUAACGUAACUCUUUUCAUUUUGAAUAGAGAGAAUAGCUACGGAAAUUAUAGAAAAAGUCUCUGUAAGUAAAAAGUAAUUUUAACCAAUUUUGACUAAGUAAGUUACUUAUUUUUUAAUUAUUGACGGUUUUUUAAAAUUAUGUUAAUAAUCAAAUUGUAACAGCUUUAUAUUUCUAAUAAUUUUAUAGGCCAGUAAAUGAACGUGGAAUACGGCGAUACUGUGUAAUUUUCCGCUUCUCCACCGAAUCGCAUGAAAAUUUGGAUUUAGGUUCUACUUACC